AUGGAUGAUCAUUUCCAUUCACGGUUUGCAGCUUGUGGAUCUCAGGGAGUAGGUGGGGGUGGAGCAUGUAGAAGACACAGAGUUAAGGGGAGUGAACUCAACACACAGGGGAGGGCUCCGGCGUGCUGGGGACAGAGUCACGUACGCUUUGCUGGGCAAACACACACCAUCCAAGUUUCUCUCUGCGCUGGGUCCUGCGUUCCCCAGGGUACCAUGGACACGACUCUCCCACCAACCACUGGGGAAAAUUCCAGCCAUACCCCAGCAGCUGCGAGCUCCGCUCACCUGGCCUCUGCAGUGUUGCUCUUUGCCACCUUCCUGGUGGGUGUGGUGGGGAACGGGCUGUACCUGUGGGUGCUAGGACUGAAGAUGAGGAGGACGGUGAACACAGUCUGGUUCCUCUCCCUGGUCUCCUCGCACCUCCUUCUCACCCUGCUGAUCCCCUUCUUCAUUGUCUCCCUCCUCAUGGGUUUACACUGGGUUUUCGGCACAGCCAUGUGCAAGAUCCUCAAUACCUGCAUCUCUCUGGGCAUGUUCUCCUCUGUCUUCAUUCUCACACUCAUCAGCCUGGACCGCUACACCCUCACUCACCACCCCAUCUGGAGCCGGAAUCACCGCACCGUGCCCCGGGCUGGGAAGAUGGUUGUGGGCGUGUGGCUGGCCUCCUUCUGUAUCAGCACUCCCUACCUGGCUUUCCGGGAGACCCGGGUGUUGGACGGGGACAGAAUCAUCUGCAUUAACAAUUACACCCUCUCCAGAGACUGGAAUGGAGCCGCGCCACAGGGGCUGGGGAGACGGGUCCACGUGGCUGUCUUCACAGUCCGGUUCCUGCUGGGCUUCCUGCUGCCCUUCUGCACCAUCACGGGAUGCUAUGUCCAUGUUGGGCUGAAGAUGAAGGAGAAGAAGCUGAUGUGGGCUGGGAAGCCCUUCAAAGUCAUGGUGGCCGCGAUGGUUUCCUUCUUUCUUGGAUGGCUACCCUACCACCUCUAUCACGGUUUGAAGCUCUCCAAGAAGGAGGUGCCAGAGUCAGUGAUUGGCACCCUCUUGGUCAUUUACACCUUCACGUCCUGCUUCAAUGCCUGCUUCACCCCCAUCCUCUAUCUGUUUGUGGGAGAGAAGUUCUGGCAGGUCUUCAGGACAUCUUUUCUCACUCUGGUCAAAGCGGCUUUUGUCGAUGAUCUCGGCAGCAGUGCCUCCGAGUCUAGUGGAAGAUAUGAGAAUGCAAAACAGGUGUCAAGGUUCCUUCGCCACUUUGAACUCUAGGGUACAGAUGUUGAGACCUGCAUGAAAACCUCCUAAGCUUACUUUUACCAGCCGAGGUUAAAACUUCCCCAAGGUACAAACUAUUUUACCUUUUGCCCUUGGACUUUCUCUGUCACCACCAAACGUGUAACUAGUAUUAUUAUUAUUAGGAAAGAGACCGUUUGGAAACAUCUUCCCCCCCCAGAAAUCCUCCCAAACACUACGCCCACCCUUUCUGGGGAAGGUUGAUAAAAAUCCUCACCAAUUUGCGUAGGUGAACACAGACCCAAACCCUUGAAUCUUAAGAACAAUGAAAAAACAUUCAGUUUCUUAAAAGAAGAAUUU